ACAAUGGGUAAAGGUUUUAAUAAUUACAUGUGCAAGAAAUUCUUUCAUCCAGCUUCUCGAGAUAACCUGAAAAGAGUAUGGAUGGCAGAGCAGAAAGCAGACUCCUACAAAAAGAAACAGGAAGAACUGCGUGUCCAGUAUGAGAAGGAACAAGAUCUAUACAAUAACAAAGCAAUGUUAAGUAAAGAGAGCAAAGACAAACUCAGUGUGAAUUUCAUGUAUGAACCUCCUCCUGGUGCAAAGAAAGAAAGAGAACGUGAAGACGAUGAACCAGAAUACAAGUUUGAGUGGCAGCGCAAGUUUAAUGCUCCAAGAGAAGAUUAUUGCAAAGGGGAUUCUGAGAUUCGUGAUCAGCCAUUUGGAAUUCAAGUACGUAAUGUUCGCUGCAUCAAAUGUCACAAGUGGGGUCACAUAAAUACAGACAAGGAGUGUCCACUAUUCAAGCAGGCGAGUGUCAGUCAGACAGCCAAUGGACUGGAUCCUCUGCUGUUGGUGCGACAGAUGAAAGAAGAUGGACUUGCAAUGAAGAAGAGUGCCUUGGACACCCAACAUCACAUCGGACUGCCGCACACUUCUAACCAGUCAAUGAUACCGAGUGAAGAUGAAGAAGAUACGCAAGUCACUCAAGAAGACUUAAAGAUUCUCAAGUCUCUAUCUACCAAAAAGAAACUCAAGCUUUUGAGAAAACUUGAGAAAAUGGAAAAUGGUGGAUGUGUUAAGAAGAAUUCUGUUAAAAAAGAUAAGAAGAAAAAGAAAAAGAAGGAAAAAGAUGAAUCAGAUUUAGAAGAGAGGAGGAAGAAGAAGAAAAGUUCAAAGAAAACACGUUCUAAUAAGAAAGAAAAAUAUAACUUGGAUACCUCUUCGAGUGAAAGUGAUGUGGACUCAGAUUCUGACAGUGUGCACACCUCAAGGAAGCAUAAAAAGAAAACACAGUCCUCAAAUUCUGAAAAUAGCAAACAAAAACGUGAACCCAAAAGCUAUAGGAGUGAAAGAAAAGUUAGUGAAUCAUCUGAGAGUGAUUCAAAGACAUCCAGGAAAAGGAAAUUCAAAGAUGAAGAAGAAGACAGACAUCACAUGUCAAGACGAGAAGACAGGAAAGAAAAGCAUUUUAAAAAUAGGUAGUUUUUUAUAAUGCAUAAUUGUUAUGAAAAGUAAUAUGUAUAAUGCUGUAAAUGUGUAUAAUAUAAAUGGUUUUGUAAUGAUAUUAAUAAAUUAAAGUACAUUUUAACUUAUCAUUAAGGUUA